AUGACACUCAGCGAAGACCUCGAGAAAAAAGUGGCGUCUAUAAUUAGCCAAUUCGAGAAGACGAAAAGGAUCGAAAUAGACAAGCCACGCUGGGAUCAGUCCACUUACUGGGGUCGAGUGCGUCACUUCUGGGUGAAAACUAAUCCCCUAAACAUCCUCUACACGGACAAAGAGCUCGACUACGCGAAGGACAUCGUGACUCGGUACCGAAAUGGGGAAAACAUCGCAAACCUGGACGAGGACGAACUUUGGAAGCAAAAGUACAUUUACGACUCCGCAUUUCACCCGGACACGGGAGAAAAGACUUUCAUCCUGGGGAGAAUGUCAGCCCAGGCUCCGAUGAACAUGCUCAUUACCGGAUUUAUGCUCACCUUCUACAAGACGCUUCCAGCCAUCCUGUUUUGGCAGUGGUUCAACCAGUCGUUCAAUGCGAUGGUCAAUUAUUGCAACCGGAGCGGUACUGAAGAGCUCGGAAAUUCCCAAAUUAUGAAAACUUACGCGGCUGCCACUUCCGGUGCAAUUUUCACAGCGGUUUCCCUCAACCAAAUGGCACAUAGAUUUCCUCCAGUUGUGGGGCGCCUAGUGCCUUUUACCGCAAUAGCAGCCGCAAAUGCAGUGAAUCUACCAUUAUCCAGGCAAAAUGAGAUCAAACACGGAAUGAAAAUCAUGGACGCGAACGGUGUUACUUUGGGCUAUUCGAGCACAACGGCGAAAAUUGGGAUUUCUCAAGUCGUACUUUCUCGUAUCUUGAUGGCAGUCCCUUCAAUGGUGACCAUUCCAUUGUUCAUGAAUCGCUUGGAGAGGUCCGGCUUCCUCAAGCGGUACCCCAGAUUCCCCCUGCCGUUUCAGGUCGCCGCGUGUGGAGCCAUCCUGACUUUUUCUACGCCAUUCUGCUGUGCUAUUUUCCCACAAAUCUCGUCCAUCUCGGUGUCAUGGCUGGAGCCAGAAUUACAGGAAAAACUGAAAGCAAUGGCGAAUCCGCCCACAAAAGUGUAUUACAACAAAGGAUUAUAAUAACGAUUCUAUAUGUUCACAUAUAAAUAUCUAUAUUUACAAGUCUCUGGACCGAGCUUACUCAAAUUAUG